AUGCCGGACGAGAAACACGCCUACGAACCCGUGGAAAACCCGCCCAUCCCGUCGUACGAAGAAGCCACAUCGUCGGCGCCCCCCACGCGCCGCGGCCCCAACGAAGUCAGCGACGAUGCCGAGCGGCAGGGCCUCCUCGCCCCGGACACACGCACGCAGUCCGAGGGGCGGCGGCGCAAUGCCUACUACCACCCGCCGUCGGUGCAGUCGGUCGACGAUGGCGAGUCGGAGCUGGGCAGCCCCGUGCGCGAGAGCGAGGAGGAGGACCUGCGCCAGACUAUGGAGGAGAUGGACAUCCUGGACCCCGAGGCCAUUGAGGAAGGGCGCGCGCGACGGGGCCGCGGGAGAGGGAGAGGGCUGGGCGCCGCGAAGCGCUGGUACGGCAGCCUGAAGUUUCCGCGCUGGCGGGUGCGCAUCCCAUGGCCCGACAUGACCUACAUACGGCAGCGCAUGCCCACCAUCCCGGACGAGUACCGCCCGGGCUGGUCCAUCAUCGCGCGCCUGUGCGGGCUCUUUGUCAUCAUCGCCCUCGUCUACAUCCUGGUCGUCAGCGAGGUGGUGCCCAUGGGCUCCGGCUUCGGCACCCCCUUCAACCCCGAGUGGGUGCGCCAGACGGCCCUGCAGAGCACAGAGGCCUGGCGCAUAGAGAAGAACCUCGAGUACAUCACCAGCUACGACCACCUGGCCGGGACUGAGGGGAGCUACGUGCUGGGCCAGUGGAUCGAGGGCAAGUUCAAGGACGCCGGCCUGGACACGUACACACAUGAUGAGUACUGGGCGUAUAUGAACUAUGCGCAGAAAGGGGGGAGGAGGGUGGCUAUUGUCGACCCGCCCGAGAAGGCGUGGGUGGCAAAGCUGGAGGAGUCGUCUGUUUUCAACCCGCCCAAGGCCCAGACGAGUGCCUUCCACGCCCUGUCUGCCUCGGGGAACGUCACGGGGCCGCUCAUCUACGUCAACUACUGCCACAAGACGGACUUCAAGCGCCUGUGGGAUAGUGAGGUGGACGUGCAGGGCGCUAUUGCCCUCUGCCGGUACCACGGUACGCAGCCCGACCUCGCCAUGAAGAUCCGCUCAGCGCAAGAUGCUGGCGUCGCCGGUGUACUCGUUUACUCGGACCCCGCCGACGACGGCUUCAAGAAGGGAAACCCCUGGCCAGACGGCAAAUGGCGACCUGGCGAGAGCGUCCAGCGCGGCUCCGUCGCGCAAACAAACAUGAUCAUGGGCGACGUCCUCACCCCCGGCACCGCCAGCACAAAGAAAGCAGGCCGCAUAUCCAAGGACAAGAACCCCGCCCUCCCCCACAUCCCCAGCCUACCGCUCUCCUGGAAAGACGCGCAGAAGCUCCUCCAAUCGCUGAAAGGCAUUGGCGAAGAGCUCCCCGCAGAAUGGACCGGCGGCGUGCCCGACGUAGGCGAGAAAUGGUUCUCCGGGCACCCCGCCAAGUCACCAAAAGUCAACCUGCAAAACACCCAAGACGAAGUCGAGCAACAGCGCGUAACAAACGUCUUCGGAACCCUAACCGGCAUCGAAGACCCCGCGCGCAAAAUCAUCAUCGGCAACCACCGCGACAGCUGGUGUUUCGGCGCCGCAGACCCCGGCUCCGGCACCGCCGUCAUGCUCGAAGUCGCGCGCGUCCUCGGCGAACUGCGCACAACCGGCUGGCAGCCCCUGCGCACCAUCGAAUUCGCCUCCUGGGACGCCGGCGCAUACAACCGCAUCGGCAGCACCGAGCACGUCGAAGCCAACGUCGCCUCCCUGCGCGACUCCGCAAUCGCCUACCUCAACGUCGACGUCGCCGUCAGCGGGCCCAAGCUGCGCGCAAACGGCUCCCCGAUCUUCGCUCACGCGUGGACACACAUCCUCGGCCUGCUGUCCGAUCCCAAGGAAAACGUCACGCUGAAGGAUAUCUGGGAGCGCGAUGGCGCUCGCAUCGGGCAUCUAGGCGCGGGGUCGGAUUACGUCGCGUUCGCGAAUAUCGCGGGGACGUCGUCGUUCGACUUCCGCUUCGCCGCUGCCGCCGACGACGGCGCACUGGAUCCUAUGGCUGGCUCGUGCUUCGCGACCCGCGACUGGAUGGCGAAAUAUAUCGACCCGGGGUAUGCGUACCACACGCUCCACGCACAACUGCUCCUCCUACUCAUCCUCGAACUCGCACAAGAACCCAUCAUGCCGCUUAAACUCGACGUCUUCGCCCACGCCCUGCAGGUCGAAGCCCAGAAGUUGAUCGACUUCACAGAGACGAAGGCGACGGUUGGAUACGAUAUUGCGAUCUUCCGCCCGCUGGUCGACGCCCUGGCGGGGCUUAAAGCGAGGGGCGAGGCGCUGUCGCGCUGGGAGACCGCGUGGGGGAACCAGGUUUAUGGCGCCGGGGGGUUCGAGACACAGGGCGUUACGCUGCAGCGGGUUGCGCAUAAUGCGCGGUUGGCAAGGUUUGAGACGGAUUUACUGGAUUUGCCGCGCGGGGAGGCGGGGGGGAAGGAGGGGAGGAAGGAGGGGGAGGGGAAUGGACGGGAUGCUUUACCGAACCGCACGCAGUUCAAACACUCGCUCUUUGCGCCCAGUCUGGAGAAUGGACUUGAGGGCGUGGUUUUCCCCCGUGCGAGGGAGGCGAUUGAGAGGCAGGAUUGGGUGGCGGCGAAGGAGGCGCUGCAGAGGACGGCGGAUGCGCUGGAGUUUGCGUCUGAGAGGCUGGUUACGUGA